AUGAUCAUCGACACGAUAGAAAGCACAGACAAAGACCUGGACACUCUAUAUCCAGAUACUACCGGCCUGACCAUCCGCGCAACUGUCCCUGCCGUACGGCCCAGUCUCAAUUGCACCUACUUCGCCCCCGAGCACGUGCGCAUAUCCUACACAGAAGGCUCCGUCUACAAUUUCGACACUGAAAGAGGCGAUCCCUGCACGGAAAUCGCCAUCCAGACCAGUGAGGCCGUACAGCUCCAUCUACCUGAAAAAUGCCGCAACCAAACCAUCUAUUACUGGGUUACCGGCAACUUCACCGAGAACCAAUCCCAUCCCUUCGCCCGAUUCGGCCCCUCCAUUGGCGGAUUCGAGGGAACUGAUUGCAUCAACGUUAUAGCUGCGUUCGGGUCUUCCCUCAACAAUGGCUCCAUGCAGACCAUGGUGUGUGUGCCCGUCGUCGAACAAGUCCAGACAGACACGACAUUCUCCCUUCCGUCCUAUGAAGUCAUCGGCGCGACGCCAAACGACACAACGGCGCGUCCGAUCGCGGACUUCACCACCGCCGCCAUCAAUGUCAACGAGUACAUGCCAGUCGGCGCAUACAGCAGUAACACGAGCGCCACUGACGGCGGCAACUACGACGCCGCCUUCUCCGCCCUUCUCGCCGCGCCGGGCGUCGCGAUGCUGGAGGCAGCCGACUUUGAUGUCGCCAACGGCGCACAUCCAAAGAUUGCUGCCGCGUUGCAGCAUCUCUUUGGCCUGACUUACGCGCAAACGCUGAAUUUGGUCGCGCGGAGCGACGUGCCCACGAAUGCCAGCUCUGUGGUCAGCGGCAACAUCAGCAUGCCCACGAUACUGGAAGGCCAGAUCAUAGAUCCGCGAGCGAGGAUGAGACUGAAGCAGAGCGCAGUGUCAACAAGGAUUUUGGAGGGGCUGCUGGGCGCGAUUGUGGUGUGUUUGUUGAUCUCAUUCUGGUUGCUGGAUACGAAGAAGGUGAUGCCGGAGAAUGCGUGCAGCAUUGCUGUAGGGGCGAGCUUGCUCGCAGGAGCGGACAUGCUGCGUGAUGUGCCGAGCGGUGCGGAGUGGUGGAAUGAUGACGAGGCUGUGAAAAAGGAAGUCUUCGGGAAAGAUGUAGUGUUUAGCCUUGGAUGGUGGAGUGCUGAGGAACGGGAGGCAGAGACGGGUGAUCGCGAUAGGGAUAGUGAGGCUGUGGUGGAGAGAGACGGGAGUGGGGAGGUGCAGGGGCUGAGGCGACGAAGGUUCGGAAUUGAUAGAGGGAGGGCGAACUGGGAUUAG